AUUUUGGGUUGAUCCGAAUGCAUGACCCGAUUUGAAAUGUGACCCAUCACUUCCGCCCCGAAUCCGACGAACAUUCCUCGCUCGCCCUUUCAUACUUUUCCGAUUCAGAAGACUUUUCCUCUUACUUUUGCCGCUCUCAAGCUUUUACAUUACAAACCGAACGCCACCGGAAAAUCCUCUGUAAGUCGCCGAGAAAUAGAGAGGAUUUAGUAGAGAUAUAGGAAAAUCAUCGAUCAAAUGGCUCGCCAAGCGACCAAACUGAUCGUAAAUCUGUCAACAAAGCUGAGUUCUAGCAAUCCAACAUUCGCUGCUCAGAACAGGUUGUUUGGAUCGGCACCGCCUCAGCCGGCUGUGUUCGUUGAUAAGAACACACGUGUCAUCUGUCAAGGCAUUACGGGGAAGAACGGUACCUUCCAUACCGAGCAGGCCAUCGAGUAUGGCACCAAAAUGGUUGGUGGAGUGACACCCAAGAAGGGUGGAACAGAACACUUGGGUCUUCCUGUCUUCAACACUGUUGCAGAGGCAAAAGCAGAGACGAAAGCUAAUGCUUCGGUGAUCUAUGUACCUCCUCCUUUUGCUGCAGCUGCUAUUAUGGAGGGAUUGGAGGCUGAAUUGGACUUAAUUGUUUGCAUCACAGAGGGAAUUCCUCAGCAUGAUAUGGUUCGUGUAAAAGCUGCUCUUAAGAAGCAAUCAAGAACUCGGCUGAUUGGUCCGAAUUGUCCAGGUAUCAUAAAACCAGGAGAGUGCAAAAUUGGUAUUAUGCCUGGAUACAUUCACAAACCAGGACGUAUCGGAAUUGUUUCUCGAUCUGGCACACUGACAUAUGAAGCAGUUUUCCAAACUACUGCUGUUGGCCUUGGGCAAUCAACCUGUGUAGGGAUUGGUGGUGAUCCUUUCAAUGGUACAAACUUUGUUGAUUGCUUAGAGAAAUUUAUUGCUGAUCCACAAACGGAAGGUAUUGUUCUUAUUGGUGAAAUUGGUGGCACAGCAGAAGAAGAUGCUGCAGCCCUCAUAAAGGAAAGUGGAACUCAAAAGCCUGUAGUUGCUUUUAUUGCUGGAUUGACUGCUCCCCCUGGACGGCGAAUGGGUCAUGCUGGAGCUAUUGUAUCGGGGGGAAAGGGAACAGCCCAAGACAAAAUCAAGGCACUAAAAGAAGCUGGGGUUACAGUAUGUGAAUCUCCCGCGAAAAUUGGAGUUUCAAUGCUCGAAGUGUUCAAACAGAGGGGUCUCGUGUAAGCCUGUGGCGCAACAAUAUCUUCAUUUGAAAAUUGUUUUUGCUUGUUUUGUUCGCGGGCAUGCGCGAAAUUAUGAUGCCCUGUUAUCCCACCAUAACCCAUUUUUUGCAGAUAAUAACAAAGAGAAUUUGAUGGGAUAUGAAACAUUAUCCAAGAACCAUCAAUAAACUGUGAUGGUUUAUUGUUAUUUAGGUCUGAAUUUUCAUGUUAUGACAAGAUGUUGCAACAAUGCAAAUACAUAUAUGUUUGUAUUGUAUGUAUUGAGAGCAUGCUUUUGGACCAAAGCAAAUUCAUAAUACAAGACUCUUAUUAUCCUU